AUGGCUGAGAAUCCUAAUGAAAUGCCAAAGCUUAUAGCUUUUCUAUCUUCUCUCCUCAACAAAGUAGCUGAAUCAAAUGAUACCAACCAACAACUAGAACAACAAAAGAUCUCAGUUUUUCAAGGCUUAACUCGACCCAACAUCUCAAUUCAAAGCUACCUUGAAAGAAUUUUCAAGUAUGCAAAUUGUAGUCCAUCGUGUUUCAUUGUUGCAUAUGUUUAUCUUGAUCGUUUCACUCAAAAACAACCUUCUUUGCCGGUUAAUUCCUUCAAUGUUCAUCGGUUGCUCAUUACAAGUGUUAUGGUGGCUGCAAAAUUCAUGGAUGACAUAUACUACAACAAUGCUUACUAUGCAAAAGUUGGAGGAAUCACUACCAUAGAGAUGAAUUUUCUUGAGUUGGACUUUCUAUUUGGUUUGGGAUUCCAUUUAAAUGUAACUCCAAACACUUUCCAAGCCUAUUGUGUUCACCUACAGAGUGAAAUGAUGCUCAUGCAACCUCUAAAUUUUACAGAUUAUUCCUUAAGUUUAGGAAAAUCACUAAAUACUCAUUUAUGCUUUAAUGAAGAUGAAUCUUCACAUCAAAAGCAACAACAAUUAGCUGUUUGA